AUGCCGACGCUGAGCGCCCCUUGCGAGAUCACCGUCGUUGAUUUCUCCCAGGAUAAUUUAUCCAUACAGAAGUUCGACAACGAGACGCUACCGUCGUUUAUGAACCGGCCGCAACCGGGUUGGGUCAAAUGCCGUUGGGUCAAUGUCAAUGGUCUCAGCUGGGACGUCAUCAAGGUCAUUGGACGACGCAAGAACCUCCACAAGCUGGCAGUCGAGGAUCUCAUGAAUACCAGGAACCGGACGAAAGUUGAAUGGUUUCCCACGCAUGCCUUCAUCAUCUUGACCCUUCAGAAACUGGUCCAUCUGUACGACUCAGAUAGCGAGGACUCGGACUCUGGGGACGACGACCGAAGCCAGAAAAGUGGAGCAAGCAAGCUCAGCACGAGGUCCUCAAGGAGACUGUUCAGACGGUUGCGGAGAACGUUUCGAGCCCCAACUCGCGAUGAGCUAGAACAAGACCUUGGAGCCGGGAGGGCAUCAAUCCCCGUGGACUUUGGAGGUUACGUCGGAUCGCAACCCACUAGCUUCGCUCGCAUUCCCCAAAUCAGCCAGUUACGUACACUCCAGCGAUAUCAUGGCUCGCGGGAUGACCCCCGGAUACAGUACAUGGAAAAGCAUUCUUCGUUGGCCUCCAAGAAGCUCGCCGUCGCCUGCGAACAGGUAUCCUUGUUCAUAACCAACGACAACACCAUCAUCAGCUUCUUCGAACAAUCAGCACAGGACGUCGAAGCACCCAUCGUCCGACGCCUUCAGACAAACGACACCAUUAUCCGCCAAUCCUGCGACGCUUCCAUGGUCGGGCAGGCCAUUCUGGACGCGAUCAUUGAUUUGGCGAUCCCAGUCGCCGCUUGCUACGGCGAUGUGAUUGGAGACCUCGAGCUGGACGUCCUGAACCGCCCGAACAUCGGGCAUACCAAGCGCCUUUACAUCCUCAUCGCCGAGAUCAACAAGAUACUGGCCUUCAUCAACCCCAUCACGUCGCUGAUCAAUGCCCUGCGGGAUCACAAGGCGGAUGUGGCGCAGGAUGCCAUCAUGGCGCAUCUGCUGGACCCGAAGCAAGGCGUUAUCAUUACUCCGCUGACUUACACAUAUCUCGGAGAUGUCCUGGACCAUUGUGUUCUCAUCACCGAGACACUCAAUCAGCUCAAGGGCUCGGCCGACGGCAUGAUCGGGCUGAUCUUCAACACCAUAUCAGCAUAUCAAAACGAAUCCAUGAAGCAGCUCACCAUAGCCACCAUAAUCUUCCUCCCUUUGACCUUCUUGACUGGAUACUUUGGCCAGAACUUCCAGCCAUUCACUGUUCUGCAAGAGGACGUUGGCUACUUUUGGAAAAUUGCAAUCCCUGUCGUCAUCUUCACCACCAUCAUCUUGCUUAGGGAAGUGAUUUACGACUAUUGCAAGGCGUUGCUUCAACGGCGCUACAUUCUGCGCCUGAAGAAGAGUCGAUCAAGGAGGCGGGACAAGAAGCGCCUGUGA